CCCGCGCGCAACACGAAUCUGUGGUCGACGAGAUAGGCCCAUAACUAACCCCUUGUCGAGCGAUCCCCGUCGCAUUGUCAUGUCCGGCACUGGUAACACCGUCCCCACGGGGAUCGCCAUACUCGGCGCAGGCAUCUUCGCAAAAGAGGCACACCUCCCCGCUCUCGCGUCCCUCGGUGGCUCUAUAACGCUCAAGGCGACCUAUUCCCGCUCCGAGAGGAGCGCGUCGGAUCUCGCCGUAGCCGCGCAGAAGACCCUUGGCCUCACCGCUACACCGGACGUGUACUACGACUCGUCGAGCGAUCACAACCUCGAUGCACUCCUGGCGCGCUCUGACAUCUCCGCCGUUAUCGUCGUCCUGCCCAUCACCACCCAACCAUCGAUCAUCUUGAAGGCUCUAGCAGCGGGCAAGCACGUCCUCAGCGAGAAACCGGUCGCCCCCGAUGUCGCAUCUGGCCUCAAGCUGAUCGCUGAGUACGAGACGAAAUACAAGGCGAAAGGCCUCGUAUGGCGUGUGGCGGAAAACUAUGAGGCCGAGCCUGGCCAGCGCGUCGCAGCGGAAGCGAUCAAGACGGGGAAGAUCGGAUCGAUCACCUAUUUCAGCGCGCGGUUUGUGAACUACGUCGACGAGAAUAGCAAAUGGUACCAGACGCCGUGGAGGACGGUGCCGGAUUACCAAGGCGGUUUCUUGCUGGAUGGCGGUGUCCACUUUGCAGCAGUGCUCCGGGAACUCUUCCCUACGCCGCUGAAAGGCCUGUCGGGGUUCGCGUCGCUAAACAAGAAAAUACUCGCCCCGCAUGAUACGAUCACAGCAACGCUCAAUUUCGAAGGCGGACCUCAUGGUCUAUUGGAGAUCAGUUUCGCUGCGCCUCACCUUGACUGCGGGCUGGGCAACGGAUAUACGAUCAUCGGCAGUGACGGGUGGUUAACCCUGUCAUGGGGGCCGUACCUCAAGGACGAUGAGGGAAAGCCGGUGAGCGCCAUCCAAGUCACGAUCAACAAAACCGUCAAGACGAAGAAGGAAAACGGGGACGUUGAGACCAAGGUCGAGACUGAAGUGAUCCACGAACGCACAAGAGGCGUGCAAGUGGAGAUUGCGAGCUUCUUGCAUGCCGUCGAGGGCCAGGAUGAUGGCCUGGGGUUAGGCGAAGCGAGGAAUGCGCUGAAGGAUGUGGCGGUGAUCGAAGCGGCCCUGAACAGCGGGGGAAAGUACAUUGACCUACAGGCGCUUGUACAAGAACGCUCAUGA